UACCCGGCACUCCGCUGUGGAAGCGCAGACCGCGACCUGCAGCCAUGCCCGAGCCGGCCAAGUCCGCCCCCGCGCCCAAGAAGGGCUCCAAGAAGGCGGUGACCAAGACGCAGAAGAAAGGCGACAAGAAGCGCAAGAAGAGCCGCAAGGAGAGCUACUCCAUCUACGUGUACAAGGUGCUGAAGCAGGUGCACCCCGACACGGGCAUCUCGUCCAAGGCCAUGGGCAUCAUGAACUCCUUCGUCAACGACAUCUUCGAGCGCAUCGCCGGCGAGGCGUCGCGCCUGGCGCACUACAACAAGCGCUCCACCAUCACGUCGCGGGAGAUCCAGACGGCCGUGCGGCUGCUGCUGCCCGGCGAGCUGGCCAAGCACGCCGUGUCCGAGGGCACCAAGGCUGUCACCAAGUACACCAGCUCCAAGUAGGGCGUCUCGGACCGUCACUCAACCCCAAAGGCUCUUUUAAGAGCCACCAAUUUUUUCAAGUAAAAGGGCUGAAUUGCUUUUUGUGGGGGAGGUAUGUAAAGAGCUUAACAUUUACGCAUUAAUUAGCCGAUCGGGUGCUCCUCUUUGGCAAGUAACCGUAUUUUACUUACGCGUAGUGUAUUACCUUCCCUGUUAAAAACCUGUAAUCUGGUUCCCUUUUAAAAGGGACUUGUUACAGCACCAACUUUUCAAGUCCCGUGGAGAAGGUGAAAUUGUUUUAAGCCUAAGGGUUAAAUGCCAUUUGUUUUGAACACUUAACACUUACUUACAGUGCACUACAGCAGUAAAAUAAAGGAGGUUUUUUUCAGUUA